CAGUGCGGCUCUGUCAGGCGUGCGAGUGACACGGCCGCGAGCGAGAUAUGUCAGUUUAACUGAACAAUAGUGAGUCGGUAUUACUGUGAAAUAUGUGGUCAAUGUGGUGUUACGUGUUUGUGGCUGCUUGGGUGUCGGCUCUAGCACAGAAUACAGAAAGCAAUGGAGACUUCACGCCUAUUGUGACUGCGACAUGCAAGAGUGGAGUGAUGUCGAUACGGAUCAACUUUAGUCAGCCAUUUAACGGAGUCGCACAUGCGAGAGAACACAGAACGUCGUCGUGCAUGGCCUACGGUAACGGGACCGAUUCACUCAACUUUGACAUAAGCCUGAACGCAGCUAAAGGAUCACCGGACUAUUGUGGAGUUUUCUGGAAUAAUAGAACAGACGAGCGGUCUCUGCCGCUGGCCGUUCGUGUUCACCGGACCCUCGAGUUGGCAGACGACAAGUUCUACGUCAUCACAUGCGGAAAAGCCGGCUUCAGAAAUGCCAAAAACGAAACAUCACUCGUGUCCUUACGAUUGAUAAAUUCAGAGGGCCGUAAGGUAUCGAACGCAGCUUACGGUAUGCCCUACACUCUACGAGCCGAAAUGAGCAAGCCUGAUGGUACUCACGGAAUACGAAUGAAGAACUGUUUUGCUUUCAAUAUGCGUAACGUCACCGUUGAACUUCUGGAUAAGAGGGGAUGUCCUGUUAAACAGCAGUCGUUGGUGGUGAAGUCUGAAAUGAGUUCAGCGGAACUAGCAAUAGCGUCCAUGUUCAGAUUCCCUGACUCAUCACAGAUCAACUUGCAAUGUGACAUAGGAAUUUGUAAAGGAACCUGUGCUACGCUGGACUGUGCGGAAGACGGCGGAACCGAAGCGACAGAUGAAGACGGAACUGUGACAGCUUCUACAGGAGUCUUUGUUCUAGACCCAAAUGACAGCGCAGUUGCAGCUCUGGCAUGCGUAGACAACGGAGUGCAUCCUCUUUGGCUGCUGUACUUAGCCAUCGCUCUUGGAGUUAUGUUUCUGGUGAUGUUGCUGAUUAACUGCUUCCUCUGCACUGCUAUGACCUGCUCCUGUGCCAGGACUGACGUAAUAGAAAAGGACCCGUCUGUUGUAGAAGACUAUGAUCCCUAUCGAAGCUGGCACGGAAGCCAAUAUGGCAGCCGGUACCCGUCCUCUACUAUACAUUCGACGAGGUCAGUGUCGGACAACAGCGACCACUACGCGAUCGUUCAAUCUCGGCCGGGGAGUCGACACUCCGGUAUGCACCGAAGUAGACACUGACAUCAGCAAGAUAAUAUUUGUAAUUUUAUGUAAAUCUUUUGAAAAGUUAUAUUUAAGUCAAAAGCAAACUUAGAGUAUUAAACCAGAAUGAGGAUAUAAUACCAUACAUGAGACAGAAAGUCUUGCUGGCUGGAAAGUAAGUAGGACACAUAAGCAGUUGAUUAAAAUAAAUUUAAAAAAAUUCAAUGUAAUCGGGAUCUAUGAUCGUAUUUAAUAUGACUGUAUUCUAUUUGCAUGCGUUAUUGCGACGCCUAGGUUUACAUUAAUGAUAAAUAUAUUAUGGAUGAAUAUAAAACAAUAACAAACGCAUGCAACCAGAAAACAUUUGACUGUCCAUGAAACAUGUAUUCACAUUCAUUGUAAGGAGAACGUUAGUUCAGGUUCAUGUUGGUUUAUACUCUACCUACAUAGUUCGAUAGAUAGGGUUGCUAGUUAUUUAUAACAUUACUUAACUCAUCUAAUGACUAAACAUUAGUAGUGUUCGGUUGUGCAAUCUGUUGUAGGCAUCGAAUUUGAUAGGGUUUAGAAUUAGUGCCAUUACUUGUGUAGAUUUUAUUAUAUAUUAAUGCAACGAAUCCGUCCAAAAUUUACACAUUUGUUAUCUUCAGUCCUGUUUCUUGGCCAAGGAAAUCAUUUUGAUUAAUCAAUUUCACGAAGGCAGCGGGAAGAAUUUAGAUUAGAAGUUUAACCAAAAUAUUAUCAUCACCUUCUGGGCAUAUGGUGUGUCUCAAGGAAGGUCUUGAACGAACUCUCUUCCGCGGAAAGAACAACUUAACGCGUUUUCUAUUCAGGCUGGCAAUGUUCCUGUGAUUCCUCUGGUGUUGCGAGAGAGCAAUUAGCUGCGGCAAUUAGACUUACUAUCGGAUGACCCGUACGCUCGUUUAUUUUUUCCAUUCGAUGGGAAUUCCAUUAUGUAAGCAAUAUUGUUGUUUUAAUCAAGAUGUCCCAAUACUAAUAUGACGGUAACUUCAACUGGUAAAGGCUUUUAAUUAACCUCAUUGCAUUUUGAUUAGAAAGAUAUCUCUAAUAAUUUAAAAUAUCUCUUUUCUGUUAUUUGCCCCAAGGUAGUUACUAUUUAUCUUGAAAUAUUUCCUAAGCAUGCAAUUCAAAAGGUCUGAACCCGCAUGCAGUGUGGUAUAUUGUCCUGCCAUUGAGCAUGUAGGUGCGAGCGAGCACGCUGUAUGGGCAAUACCGCUUGCACAAGAGGACUAGUCGAGAGAGAUAUCAAAAUAUUGUAACAAGCCUAAAUACCACUAGUGAAUAAAUUUUUGUCUUUAAAAAAAAAUAUUGACGUUCGACGUUGAGUAUUACGAUUUCCAAUAAAAAGCUUACAAGUUAUGCUUCGGCCGGUGUCAAUCUAAAUAACACGAGUUGUUAAAGCUUAAAAUAUUUUUGUAAUUACAAAUUUUCUACUCGUCAUCUAUGUAUAUUACUACACGUCUGUUUCAAGAGUGCCGUGGUGCUAUCUUAGACUUACGAUAACUUAUCUGUCGAUAUUAUAAAUCGACAUCGGAGUAAAUGAAUAUAAUAUUCAUGACAAUAAUAUUGUGUAUCGAUUUUGUCUGUUGAAAAUCGACGCGAAUAAAACCAAUCGCCCUCCGCAUGCCUAUUAUUUGCUGAAUUUAAUAGCUAUUAAAUAUUUUAGCACUUAUAAUAUUUCAGCCCAAAUGUGUAAUGAAGGUUUCAAAAUGAAAGUACAUUCUUGAAACCAACGAGUAGUAUUAAGUCAUGUAAAUGUUAGUUGUAAGUCAUUUUUAAAGUAAGGAACUAAUAUUAGUAAAAGCCCCAUCAUAUUAACUGUGACCUUAGUAAUAUUUAAAAUGUAUAAGGUACCAGUAUUAAUAUAAAAUUAAUAACACACUUAUGAAAUAUAUUCUGGAUGACUCACACUGGUACACGGAGGGGAAGUACAUGUCUCUAUAAAAGACGUUAUUUAAUUUUUUUGACUGCAAUCACAUAUUAUUUAAAACCGCCUUCCAUAACCGGAUAUCAAGCUAUUCGUGAGAAAUUAUUCCCUAACCACUCCAAAAUAUUCUUCUACCGACACUCCCGAACUGCAAUCGGUUUUUUUUUCUACAUUACAUACUGUCAUAAAUAAAAGGAAGACCAAAGAAGUUAAAUACUCGGUUGUUACUAUAAUACCUGUUAACCAAGGACUGAGCACGGAGGUAUCUAUAAAAACUAGAAAUUAUGAGAUUAAUUAUCUUCCGGAUACAGACCUACGCAAUCUUUUACCAAGAUUCGACACUGGCUUACAACAACAAAACGUUGUUCAUCUUCAAAAUUUAAAGUACUUCCGCUCCGUGAGCAUAGCCGUGGUGAUGUAACAUCCAAUUUAUAUAUACAUAGCUAUAAGUGUAAAUAAUAUUACAUAUAAUAUGUUCAAAUUGAUUUAACAAGGAAUACGUAAUCUUGUAAGCAUAUAAGUUUAGAGGUAGGCAUAUUGCAAAAUAUAUUAUGGUGUAUUCGCAAGUUUUUCGACCACACAGUGUAAAAUGAAAAGCAACUUUAAAAGUACCCUCAUAAAGUCGUUUCUCAAAUUAUAUUUAACAUAGUUACACAUUCAUUGUCCAUAAUUACUAAUUUUUCUGUUACCAUGUAAUAAAAAACUCAGUCUGUAGAUACCUAAUUUGUUUGUAGUUUUUAUCAACCUCCGCCUUUUGACAAUCCCAUUUGUAACUGAGAUAAAAAAAAUACACCACAAAUUUUUAAUUACCAAUAAAAGUCGGUCUUUGUAGAAUAGUACAAUCGUAUAUAUUUUAUUUUUAUUUUAUUAUAUGCAGUCAAUAAAAUUAGCGGUUACAGUGGCGGGUGGUGAGUAACGCGGGGAGAUUAUGAAUAAAUUGUUAAUUGAAUGAAAUAUAUUAGUAAUUAGCUUGUACUUCUUUUGACGGGUUAAGAAAAAAUUAUCAGAGUUUUACGAUGAGCGCGUACACCGUCACGCAAAUUCGACACCCUGACGUUAGCUGUCAACUAGACCAUUCGUAUCAUACAUAAUUCAGCUACCGAGUCUCUUGUAACUCAUAUGAUGUCUACUGAAGCACAGCCAAUGGAUGAGAAUUAAAUAAAUUUCACUAUAAUAUUAUGAUUUCAAUUUAUAUACAGGUUUUAAAAUAAAAUAAUAUUUCUCUCCAAUUGAAUAAACAUUAUUCAAUGAUAUUUAAUUACACGUUAUUUAACUAAAAUUAUACGGUAUUAUACCUUCUUUAUUACAAUAAUAUUUUAUCAACAAACGUAAAAUAGCACGAGGAAUAUUUUUUAAGGAUUUUUGUUUUAUUAAGACAAAGAAGAAUAACUUCUUAAGUAUUUUUUGAUGAAUUGUGUAUACCGUCUUUUAUAAAUGUGUAUCUGUAUAUGAUAAUAUUAGCGCGGACUUUAUGUCACUUGAACUGAACAUCGUCCCAAGCACAAAGUUUGACUAUGACAAACAUUUUACAUUUUAAGGCGAAGAGUAAGCAGAAAACACGCAAACAUGAUGUUUGUGGUGAAAGUAUAGCAUUUCGAGCUAUGAACACUAUUUAAUCCUGUUACACAUAUCCUUAAGUCUUAUUUGUAGGUUGCUAAUGCUUGCUGUUGGUUAUAGUUAACACUGCCGAGCCUUUUUGAACUACCACUUUUCUUUGAAGUUAAACAAAUUUUUUGGCAUGGCGUGACGCAUUUUUUUGGUACUUCUGUGAGAAAAGUUAUUCUUAUAGCUUGUACUUUUUUGUGUAGGUUCAUUUAUUCAGAUUAGUAGUGAAGAACGAGGAUUGUAAGCAUAUAAACUCUUUUCCACGCAAGAGUUCUGAAAAUAUUGGCUUUGUUACAUAGAUGGCGGGCCGGCAGCCGUGAACUCAUAUCGCUCAAGGUCGCUGGCAUUUGGUGUCGCCUUAAUUAAUGUGUUAAUCACGCUCUUUAAAUCAUAUGUAUGUAUGCAGCGAACACGUUUGAGUAUGUGUAACAAUUUAUGAAUUAUAUUAUAAUUUGUAUACUAUAGAUAUAUCUCAAAUUAUGUUGUAGUCGAAUGACUGUCGUGGAUUGUUCGAACGUGAUUUUUAAGUAACAAUUAUCUCGUCAUUAUUUCCUAUAAUAAUAAUGAAUGCAUGCCAAUGCGAUAGUAUGUUGAACUUAUUUAAUCAAGACAUAUAUCUAUUAUAUAUACCCAUAUAAUGGAGCUUCCGUCCGUAUCGAUAAUAUUUAGUACGACUUAUAUAUUAUGUGCUUUGGUUGGAACUGGUAUAUUAAAUAAAUGUUUUUUAACAAA